ACGGGCUCCCCUCCAACCAUCGCCAUGCUGUUGGUCUUCGCCUUCGCUGUACGCAACAACUCGGUGUUGUUGACACUUACGGGCAUCUCGUUCGAGCGAGCGCUGCUGUACCACAAGAUCGCGGCCGUCGUCACUAUAAUAUCGACGGCGCUGCACGGACUGGCGUACGUGCUGGCUCGUGAGAACGACGAGGAAGAGGACCAAAGCAGCAGGGCGUUCACCGGCAUCGUUGCCUUGGGAUCCAUGGUCGCGCUCUUCUUGUUCUCGCUGGGCCCGAUCCGCCGUAAAUUCUUCGAGUUCUUCGUGGAUCCUCUUCAUCGUGGUGAUCGUGUUUGCGGUCAUCCAUGGCGCUGGGUUAGCGUUGGUUGGCGUCGUACCGUGGCUCAUCGACAUGCUCUUCCGUCUGGCCUACCGUCCAAGAAUCUAUUCCAAGGGAUCCCUCCUCAACGGGAAGAAGGCCGACCCUAACGAUGGUCCGGCAAACUUAGUCACGGGCAAGCGCCUGGGCGUUAUCGCGCGUGAUCAACUCUCGGUGUCGGCGUUGCCUGGCGACAUCGUCGAGGUCAAGUUCCCUCGCGUCCGCAAGGAUACGGGCGAGGAGUUCAAGUACGAGGCUGGGCAGUACGCCUUCCUGUGCAUGCCGACCAUCUCGAGUCUGCAGUUGCAUCCGUUCACGAUCUCGUCAUCGCCGCAUGAGCCCAUGGUGACGUUCCACAUCAAGGCGCUCGGCGACUGGACCAAGAAACUGCAGGCCCAGGUCUCCACCAUCGGCAAUGGAGCCAACGCUUCCCCGUUCGACGUGCUGGUCGACGGCCCGUACGGCAGCGUGUCCAUUGACAUCGAGAGCGUGAGCACGUACUCACACUUUGCGCUGUUCUCGGGCGGCAUUGGCGUCACGCCCAUGCGCUCGAUCGUCAACUGGCUGCACCACGACGUCAACACCCAAGGACGUCCGAGUGUCGAGCGCGUGCACUUCGUCUGGUCCGUGCGCGACCGCGACACCAUCGAAGCCAUGGUCGGCAACAGUGAGCUCAAGCCCGGCUCGAGCUCCUACUUCCCGCACGACCUCGCGGCAGCCCAGAGUGGGGCAUUCACCAGCGAAAUCUACCUCACGCGUGGCGAGCGCGACUUGGAGGGAUCCUGGGUGGACCAGCAGCUCGAGAGCUGCCUGCGCUUCAACUGCCGCCCGGACAUCGCAGCCACGCUGCGCAGCCUCGGCGAGCAGGCCAAGCAGAGCGGCAAGCAGCGUGUUGCAGUGCUGGUCUGCGGGCCGUCCGCGAUGGUGCGAGACGUGGUUGCCAGUAGCAUGGCGCUGGGCAGGGAGAUGAAGAUGCACUUCGACGUGCACAGCGAGCUGUUCGAGUUCUAAGGAAGCCUCGAGAGGCGUUAAGUAUUGUAGCAGCAGAGAGAAUAGAGAGCGGUAAGACGGUAUGACUCCAUGCAACAGCACUUCUGCACUUUGGUCGUCAUCGUGCGCGUGAGAAGGGGAUGGGUACAGCCGCUUGCUCGAUCUUCUCAACCGCCAAACUCGAUAACGUUUGGUGUUGAAGUACGAACUAAAUUACUCUUCUCACUAUGUUGAUACCGACACGAGUAUCAGUACCUCUUUUCCAUGCUAUACCUGUAAUAUUGCAUGUGGUGAAUCUUCAUCACACAUCGUGUCGCUGAUUACGACAGCCCUGUCUCACGCACGCCUAUGUCGCCGUUGGCCGGGCUCACCUGGCUGCCAAACUGCACUUCCGCACUCAUUCUCGAAUUGGCCAGCUACUGCUCAAGCUCAAGCUCAAGCUCAAGCUAAAGCUUAAGCUAAGGUAAGUCGCGCGUGACGCCAAGAAUCGAAGAUCCCGAUGGCCGACGUGUCGCCCAAAGCCAGCGACUUCAAGGAGGUCUCGACGCCCUCGGCGCCCGACCCGACGAUCCCGUUGGCCACGCCCGUGCCCUCCGCGCCGUACGAGUCCUGGCAGCCGCGCGAGCACUGCGCGUGUCUGCCCGGCCGCCUGCAGACGCUGCUGCGCUCGUGGAUGGUGACGCGCUGGUCGCUCUCGCGCCGCGUCUUCUCCGUGCCCGUGCCGGGGCUCACCGCCAGCUUCGACGUCAAGAAGGGCGACCUGGUGCUCACGCUGCCGGUCGUGGUCAUCCUCGUGGCGGCCAACGCCGUCUUGGCUGGUACUAGAUCCGUUGGAGGCUCCGGGACUAUCGCCACACUGGGGUUACUGCUGGUGUUCUUCUUCGCUAUCAGGAACAACUUACUGCUGCUGGAACUCACGGGCAUCUCGUUCGAGCGGGCACUGUUCUACCACAAGCUCUUCGCCUACACGACCAUCGUGCUGUCGGCGCUGCACGGCCUCAGCUACUUGCUGGCUCAUCAUCAUGGCGACGAGCAGGACAAGGGCAGCAAGGUGACCACUGGAACCAUCAUGUUCGUCGGCAUGGUGCUCAUGUUCGCCUUGUCGCUCAACUUCAUCCGCCGCAGGUUCUUCGAGCUCUUUCUCAGGAUGCACUGGGUGCUGCUGCUAGUGGUGUUCAUCGUCGGUAUGGCACAUGGGGCAGCUUUGGCACUAGUGGGGAUCGUGCCGUGGAUCAUCGACCUGCUCUUCAGACUGGUGUACCGUACGCGGAUCUACAAGCAGGGCGCGCUGUUCAAGAAGAAGGACGCGGACAAUGCCAACGUGGACUCGAACCGCAACGUGCUCAACGCCAGCAACGGCUUGGGCGUCAUUGCACGCGACCAGGUCUCUGUGGCUGCGUUACCUGGACACAUCACGCGCGUCAGCUUCCCCCGCGUACGUAAAGAUACGGGCGAGGUGUUCGAGUUCGAGGCCGGCCAGUACGCGUUCCUGUGCAUCCCGAGCAUUUCCAGCUUGGAGUGGCAUCCAUUCACGAUCUCGGCGUCGCCAAAUGAGGACAUCGUCUCGUUCUACAUCAAGUCGUCGGGUGACUGGACUGCGAAGGUGCUGGAGGUUGCGUCAAAGAGCGAUGGCUCGACGGAAGCUCCGUGUGAUAUUCUGGUGGAUGGACCCUAUGGCCGCGUGUCGGUCGAUAUCGACACCCCUGAGACGUACUCUCACUUCGCGCUGUUCGCUGGAGGCAUUGGCGUGACUCCAAUGCGCUCCAUCCUCAACUGGCUCCACUACGAACGCUACACGCUCGGUCGAUCGGAGAUCAAGCGAGUGAACUUCGUGUGGGCUUUGCCGAACCACGACGCUGUCGAUGCGCUGCUAGACAAAGUGCCGAAUGGUGAGGAGGGCGCUGGAUCCGCGGGUUACUUCCCUCAAGAGAUCGGGCGCAACAUUUCCUCGGACAACACGUUCACCAGCGAGUUCUACCUGACAGACGCGGAAAGAGACGUGGAGAAUCCCAUGGAGCAGCAGCUUGAACAUCGCCUACGUUACGGGUCACGACCAGAUAUUACCUCCAUUCUACGUUCGUUGGGAGACCAAGCGAAGCAGGAUGGCAAAGAUCGUGUUGCUGUUCUGGCGUGCGGCCCGAUGCCCAUGGUGCAAGCUGUGCUUGACACAAGUAUGGCUCUGUCGAAGGAGAUGAAAGUGCAGUUCGACGUGCACACCGAACUUUUUGAGUUUUAACUUUUCCUGAAUCAUAGGUAUGGAUCGAAACCCGGUAAUCUAAUUAUUUGCACUUCCCAAAAAAACUUCGUUGCCAUGCCAAUCUUGAUGGAAAGCAAGCGUGUCACUGAGAUCCAUUGCAUCAAGUUAUCCACAUUCUAUGCUUUAUCUAAAGCACUCCCUUAUACGCCAGCUUUCUGAUCGAAACGCUUACGGUGUGGCAUACACGUACGGAGCCGCGAGCUCCGAGAGCUUCAGCAUCUGCUGGCCGUCUUCGUCGAAGUUGCUCGACGCCAGCCAGCGCUCAAAGGCGCCCUUGAGACCGCCGUUCCAGUCCUUGUCGAUGAUUGAGAACCACGACGUGUCGCGGUUGCGCCCCUUGUACACGAUCAGCUGGCGGAACGUGCCCUCGUACGUGAAGCCCAGGCGGGCGGCAGCACCACGCGACGGCAGGUUGCAGCUGUCACACUUCCACUCGUAGCGUCGGUAGCCGAGUCGAAAGGCGUUGGCUGCGAGCAAGUACAUGGCUUCGGUGGCUGCGCGAGUCUUCGCCAGCCGAGUCGAGUAGAAGAUGUGGCCGAUCUCAACGACGCCGUGGCUCGGUACAAUGCGCAAGUAGGCGGUGAAGCCGACAGCACGCUCGUCCACGAUGAUGGCAUAGAACUGGGGGUCAUCGACCUGUUCUCCCUCUUGAAUCCACUUCU